AUGGCUACUGGAACCCCUACCCCCGCUGGUGCUGCAAAUGGAGGAGCGCAGCCUGAUGGCUCACUUCCAAAGGAGUUGGUGGAUGAGAUGCAGCGGCUGUUUGGCAAGCAUCCCGGCUAUCGCACCACCCACGCCAAAGGCCUUCUGGUCCAGGGAACAUUCACGCCAACGGAGCAAGCCAAGACCCUUUCCACAGCCGCUCACUUCAACAACUGCUCGACUCCAGUGACAGCCCGCUUCUCCGUUGGCGGCGGCAUCCCGCACGUCGCUGACACUGCAGAUGGCGCCACUCCCAAGGGCCUCGCCAUUCGCUUCCAGAUCGACAAGCACACGCACACAGAUCUCGUCAGCCACACCUUCAACGGGUUUGCGGCUCAGAACGGAGCAGACUUCUUGGGCUUCCUCAAGGUGUUUCGAGCCGUCGAAGUUGCCAAGGCCCUGUACGAAAAGGCCAAGGCCGGAGGUGGCGACGCCUCCAAGGAACUGGCUAUCUUGCAGCAAGUCAGUGCUGCAUUUCAGGUCUUUCUCAAUGCGCACGAACCCGCCAAACGGUUCGUGGCCUCCGAGAAGCCGAACCCCUACAACUAUGGCACCAUCACGUACUACGAGCCCAACACUCACAUCCUGACCAACAAAGAUGGCAAAGUCACCAAUGUUCGGUACCGUCUCGAGCCGGCAGACGGCGUCCACCUCUAUUCCAAAGACGACGAGGCGUUCAAGAACCUUGGGUCGAGCUACCUGGAGGAUGACCUCCAGAAGCGGUUCCCGGGCAAGCCGAUUGUCUUCACCAUCAAAGCGCACAUUGCGGGCCCCGAUGACAACCUCGAGGAUGCCACCGUCCCGUACAAGAGCACGACAUUCGUUCCAGUUGGAAAGUUGGUGAUCAACAAGGUCGCAGCUAACAACGCCGCCGAACAGCAACAGAUUGCGUUCAGUCCGAUUCCGGAGAAGGGCGGCGUCAAGGGCAUCAAGUCAUCCAAGGAUCCUCUCAUCCAGACGCGUGAGGGCGUCUAUUUGAUCAGUGCUGACCAACGAAGACAUGAGAAGCAAGUCGAGUAG